AUGCCAGCCAUAUCAUUCCUCCCAUUCCUAUCGUCCAUACCCCUCGGUACACGACUCAUCACAUUGACCAUCAUCCUACUUUCGGUGAUAGGUCAAGGAUUGUCAUACCUCGCUUUGGACAAUUCACCUGAGCCAGGAGCUUGGGGAAGUCAAUUACCAUGGUUGGUAUUGGUCCCUGGGAAAAGUAUCUGGUACCCCUGGACGUUCUUGACGGCGGGAUUGGUAGAACUGGGUUUGUUUGGACUCAUAAUAUCAGUAAUCUCGAUACCAUUAGCAUGUCGUUACCUAGAGAGGGUUUGGGGAAUACGUGAACUGAUCAAGUUCAGUAUCAUCACCAUUGUCGGGUCCAAUGUCAUUGCAUUUGGAUUCAGCUGGUUGAUGUGGUUCGUACUGGGUCAACAGGAUGCUUUAUACGGUUUACCAUACCAUGGUUUAUCAGGAUUACAAGUCGGUUUCCUCGUAGCUUUCACCCAAUUGAUACCAGAACAUCAAGUUCAAUUAUUGGGUAAAUUCAAAGUCAGAGUGAAGACACUCCCAGGUAUCCAUCUUCUCAUCUCCAACGUAGCGGUAGUAGUAUUUGGUCCAUCACCAGCCAUCCUCAUCCAAUUCGGUUUCAUAGUCGCAUGGGUCUAUCUGAGAUUCUUCAAAUUAUCGGAGAAUGGUGAAUUCAGGGGUGAUAGGAGUGAAACUUUCGCUUUCCAAUAUUGGUUCCCACCUAUCAUUCGACCAUAUGUAGCUAUCUUGGGUAACACAGUAUUCAAACUCGCCGUUAAGCUUAAACUAGUUCAAGCAUGGGAUGAACCCAUAAACGCCGGUGCUUAUACAUUGUUACCUGGUCCAGGAGGUGCCAGAGCAGAAGCAGAACGAAGGAGAGCCCUCGCAUUGAAAGCUUUAGAUGCAAGAUUAGCUUCCUCGUCACCUGCUCCAGGAGGUUCAGGCUCUGCUACUUCACCAAAUGCAACAUCGAGCUCUACUGUACCGUCAGCUAAUGUCCCUCCUGCGAUUCAAGCUACCACGACGAAGAGUGGGGCCGAGGCCAAGGUGUAG